GGCAAGUCCAAUCCGACGAGCUCGCGAGUGACAAUGCUAGUGAGGGUAAAUAAAAGAGAAAAUGUAAAGUGAUGUGUAAUAAGAAUUUUUGGCAUAUGAGAAAACUACAAAUACUAGUAUACAAUUUGAACUACUCACCUGAACCCACCAUAGAUCAAAUCAAGAUUCAUUUUCUCCAAAACCCCACAAAAAUCCUCACCAAAUCUUGAUCAAAAAAUGAGUAAAAAUCCAACCCCAUCAAGUGUAACUACCAUUAAACCACUCUAAAACAAUUCAAGAAUUCAAUUGGUACAUUAAAGAUUUGAUUUUUAUUGGUUUAUCAGGACCAAACUCACAAACCCCACAAAAAUCUCAUCAAAUCUUGGCCAAAAAAUGAGUAAAAAUGGAACCCCAUGAAGUGUAACAGCCAUUGAACAUCAAGAAUUCAACAAAAGGUUUGAUUUUUAUUGGUGUAGAAGGGAAAAUCAAAGCAAAAAGGUUUGGUUUUUUUAUUGAUUGUUAUUAGUGUGUGAGGGAAAAUCAAGCAAAAAGAUUUGAUUUGUUAUUAGUGUGAGUGGAAAAUUAAGCAAAAAGUUACGAUUUUUAUUAGUGUGUGAAGGGAAAAUCAAGCAAAAAGUUUUGAUUUUUAUUAGUGUGAGGGAAAAUCAAGCAUAAAGUUAUGAUUUUUAUUAGUGUGUGAGGGAAAUUCUAGCAAAAAGGUUUGAUUUUUUAUUUUUAUUGGUUUGUGGGAAAAUUAAGCAAAAGGAUUUGAGUUUUAUUGGUGUGUGAGGGAAAUUCAAGCAAAAAGUUUGGAUUUUUAUUGGUGUGUGAAGGGAAAAUCUAGCAAAAUAGGACUCUGUUUAUCAGGGCAGAAAGGGGGGAGAGCUUCUGAGCCACAACAAAAUGUGGUGCAGAGGCUCUCAUCCCCAAUUCCGGCAGUGGCUGCUGCUGCGACAUCGUUCAGAGAGAAUAGUUUUGGUGCUGGUGAUGGUACAAAGAUGAAGGCACUGUUUAAGACUAAACCAAAGACUCCUGUUGAUGUUGUUCGUCAGACUCGUGAGCUACUUAUGUUUGUUGAACGGGUUAAUGAUACUCGUGAAGGGAAACGAGAAGAAAAGAUGUUGGAGUUAAGCAAGUCAAUCCGGGAAUUAAAGAUUAUUCUUUAUGGGAAUGGUGAAUCCGAACCUCUUGCUGAGGCUUGUGCUCAGUUGACCCAAGAAUUCUUCAGAGAGAACACGCUUCGGCUGAUAAUUAAUUGUCUCCCCAAUUUGAAUUUAGAGACCCGCAAAGAUGCUACUCAAGUUGUAGCAAAUCUGCAGAGGCAGCAGGUUCAGUCACGGCUGAUUGCUUGUGAUUACUUGGAAGCAAACAUUGACCUGAUGGACAAAUUAAUAUUAGGGUAUGAGAAUACAGAUAUGGCUUUGCAUUAUGGUGCAAUGUUGAGGGAAUGCAUUCGCCACCAAAGUGUCGCAAAGUAUGUCUUGGAGUCUGAGCAUAUGAAGAAGUUUUUCGAUUAUAUUCAGCUGCCAAAUUUUGACAUUGCUGCUGAUGCUGCUGCCACAUUUAAGGAACUCUUGACAAGGCACAAAUCAACAGUAGCUGAAUUUCUUUCGAAGAAUUAUGACUGGUUUUUUACAGAGUAUAACUCAAAGCUGCUCGAGUCUAGUAACUACAUCACCAGAAGACAAGCUGUCAAGCUCUUGGCAGAUAUGUUAUUGGACCGCUCAAAUUCUGCCGUAAUGACUCGUUAUGUUUGUUCAAGAGACAAUUUGAGGAUUCUCAUGAAUCUGCUCAGGGAAUCGAGCAAGAGUAUCCAGAUAGAAGCGUUUCAUGUCUUCAAGCUAUUUGCGGCAAACCACAACAAGCCUCCCGAUAUUGUUAGCAUCCUUGUUGCAAACAGAAGCAAACUCCUUCGCCUCUUUGCCGAUUUUAAGACUGAAAAAGAGGACGAACAGUUUGAGGCUGACAAAGCGCAAGUUGUCAAAGAAAUCGCAGCCCUUGAACCGAAGGAAAACAAAUAAAACGCAGCAUGAGAAACGCUCGUGAACUCGAUUUUCGAGUCGUUUUCUGAGUUGUUGAGCUGUGUUGUAUGUUGGCUUAAUACCAAAAACAUAUGGUGUUUCUUUCCCUGCUUUUGUCAGUUCCAUUUCUUCUCAUUAAUUUCUGGUACAUCACAGUAUGAAAUAUAAAGUUUCUCAUUUGAACAAUGAGAGCAGUUUUAAACAA